CUUAAAAAACUAACGCCAAACAUAACCUAACCUCACUCAUCUUGUGACAAUACGCAGAAGUCCUUUUAAAUUUUGUGGAAAAAAAAACAAAAAAAUGUAUUAAAGACUUUCAUUCAGUAAUAUCCAAAAAAGUGAAUAUUUCAACAAAAACACACACUAAAAAGCAGCAAGAAAAACGAUGGGUAAUACAGUGUCAGCGGCUGAAAUAGCUGCAGCCCAAAUCGUUCAUCCGAACGAACCCAUUGAAAAAAUUUUAGACCCACACAUGCAUAAACAUGCAUUUGACACAAGUAAAUACUCAGGUGAGAUUCCCGAGGAGUGUCCUAUGCAUAAGAAACAACAACCAGCUGCUUCAGAAUGUCCAGUACAACAUGGAGACAAAGAGAUCAAUCCCUUGAAUAUGAUGGGGCCCGCAAAUCAAAAUCCAGCUCCCGGACAACCAUUUCCUCUUUCCAAGGAGAGACAAGUUUCCACCAUACCAAAAGCCAUAGUAAAGGAAGGUGAAGGCUCGUUUUGGGUGUAUCCUAGUGCACAGAUGUUUUGGAAUGCAAUGCUAAGAAAAGGCUGGAGAUGGCGGGACGAGGAUAUCAGCCAAAAAGACAUGAAUGACAUCAUCAAAAUCCACAAUGCCAAUAACGAGCAAGCCUGGCAAGAAGUUUUAAAAUGGGAGGCUUUACACGCCCACGAAUGUAUGGACCCGAGACUAAAAAGUUUUGGUGGUAAAGCGGCAGACUACAGUCCAAGGGCGCGAAUUCGUCAACUCUUGGGUUAUGAAUUACCGUUCGACAGGCAUGACUGGAUAGUUGACAGAUGUGGCAAAGAUGUCAGAUAUGUCAUCGAUUAUUAUGAUGGAGGACAAGUGGAUAGCAAGUAUCAGUUUGCUAUUUUGGAUGUCAGGCCUGCUAUGGACAGUGUGGAAAACGUUUGGGACAGAAUGAGGGUCGCAUGGUGGAGAUGGUUCUACAGUAAUCAAUAGAAAAUGCCGACUUACCAAGUAGUGAUACCCAUUAAGAUUCUUCUUUUAACAGCACUAUUUAUUAUAUUAAUGAACUCAAGUUUCAUGUGUAAAAGUAAUUUAUUAGAUGUGAUUCUGCAAUAAAGUACUAUUAUGUGAAAUA